CAUUAAGCAUUUGAGCUUUUUUUUUUUUCUUUUGAGGGGAGGAUUUUUUGCUCUGGGGCUCAGUUUUAAGCCAAUUGUACUGCUUGGAUGAUUACUGAAGCUACUAUCAUUUUGGAGCUUAUUUGACAGCACCUGUCCCACCCAGCGAGCUAUUCAGCUCUCUCUCUCCUGUUCUCAGAAGGAGGUGUGUAAUGGAAUAAAAACGAGAGAAUAUUUUGGCAAGAGACAGUGAAUUGUUUAACCCACCUUCUCUCCCCCACCCCACAUCCAUCACCCGCCUACCAGCGUUUAAGGUAAAAUUUGGAUGGGAAAGAAGCUGGUGGAAGCUAAUUCCCACUUACAAGGUAUGGAGACGGGGCCCACCUGUGACCGGAAUACUUCCCAGGAUCCUUUAAGAACACCUGACACAUAUCUGAUGCCCACAACUUUAAUGACUUGAGCCUUUCCAACUGAGACUGGAGGAGGGUACCACAGGCAUCACCAGCUAGGAGCAGAGGACACAUAUCAACACUCCCUCGUCCUAUAGCUGUAGGUAAUAACCAGGUGGAAAUGUGCAUAGUCGUUUGCUUGAGGGGUGUCCAGGGGAAGUCUCCUACUGCUGACUGAUACCUGGGAGUGAAGCACAAAAAACAAAGUAUGAGGCUAAAGCUGAGUGUCCUGGAGGUCUGCCACACUGUACUCUGCAUUGGGUUAAUGCUCUGCGGAGAGGGGGGGGUUUCUUCAGUUCUUGCCUUGGGAGCCAGCAUCAUCUGUAGGAAGAUGCCUGGCCUGUCACCCCGUCAGAGGACCAUCUGUGAGGCGCGCCCUGAUGCCAUGAUUGCUGUAGGUACAGGAGCACGCUUGGGCACUGAAGAGUGUCAGUAUCAGUUCCAGCACAGUCGGUGGAACUGCACUUCUCUAGGGGAACCAAGUGUCUUUGGACAGGAGCUAAAAGUAGGUAGCCGGGAAACUGCAUUUUACUAUGCCAUCCUGUCAGCUGGUAUUGCCCAUUCCAUCACCAACGCAUGCAGCCAAGGAAACCUCACUUACUGCAGCUGUGACCGGGAGAAGAACGGCUAUCAAGAUCCAGAGAAAGGGUGGAGGUGGGGCGGAUGCUCGGCUGAUGUGAAAUAUGGUAUCCGCUUUUCCCGAGAGUUUGUGGAUGCCCGGGAAGUAAAGCGCAAUGCUCGAACUCUGAUGAACCUGCAUAACAACAUGGUGGGCAGGAAGCUGCUGGAGAAGAACAUCCACUUGGAGUGCAAAUGCCAUGGAGUUUCAGGGUCCUGUACCCUGAAGACAUGCUGGCUGACACUGCCUCAUUUCCGAGAGGUUGGCUAUGCCAUUAUGGACAAGUACAAGCAGGCAGUUAUGGUCGAGGCUGUGAGAGGAAGGCGCCAGCUUUUGCCCACUUUCCUCAAAUUAAAGAACCCACAAAGCUAUAGCAAGCCGGCCGAAACUGAUCUGGUGUACGUAGACCGCUCACCCAGUUUCUGUGAAAAGGACAAUGCCACGGGCAGCAUUGGCACCUAUGGACGGUUCUGUAACCGUACAUCAACUCAAGCAGACAGCUGUGAACUCUUGUGCUGUGGCCGGGGCUACAAGACUUUCCAGUAUACUCACACAUGGCAGUGCCACUGCAAGUUCCACUGGUGCUGCCAUGUGACUUGCAGCACUUGCAGUGAAAGGACGCAGGCCUACACUUGUAAUUAAACAGGUGGAAGGCCAUGGCCAUGCAAUGUAAAAGCUCAGGCGGUGUAGCAAACACUGAAGCACAAUGGUUAGCCACUAAAAUGCACCAGAGAAGAAACAACCGAUGAGCAAAUGAAAGCAUGUGACCUGCUUUGUCACCUUAUGUACUCAUACUGAUGCUGCAACCUUACCAAUGUAUUUAUAUAUGCAGCCUGCCUUUGAGGAGCUGCCACUCACAAACUGGGUGGGGGACAGUAGGUGUCAGGUGAAGCAAUGAACCUUCAUUACAUCUUCUGACACCUACUGUCCAUUUCCCCACCCAUUUUGUGAGUGGCAGCUCCUCAAAGGCGGGUCAGAGUUUUAAAUGCUACAGCAUGGAAUCAGAAAGUCACCUUAUUAUGUUGUUCAUAAAAAGAAAAGCCUAUAAAAGUGCAUGGGAAUUUCAAGCAGACUGCAGGAAGCUAUUUGUUCUUGCACUGUUCACUUCCUGGCCUGCAGGUACGACAAAUAUUCCCUCUUCCAACUGCCUGUAAAAUUUCACAUGCAAUAUAUCUUUAUGUACACCAAGGUUAUUUAACGUAAAUUUAAUAUAAAUAUCUGUCAGUGGUUUACUCUUC